AUGAAUGGUAAUGGACACAAUGAAGUGUGGGCUGCAGUUGCUGUGAAUGGACAUUUGCCAGGGAAAAAUCCUGAAGGCCAGAAUUUACCUCUAAACAGAAAGAUGGAAAGAAAAUCAUAUACUUUUGGCAAGAGAGAAGAAACUAUUGACUCAUCAAACAAGGAAGUUAAAAGUAAUGCACCGAAAAGUAAUGAAAGCAAGAAAUGCAUCACAAUUUCUGGAAUAAUAGAGAAGAGAACUUCAAGAACUACGGAUUUGAGCCCAGAUCAUAAGAGAAGGUAUGAAACAUCAGUAUUCCUAAGUAGAGAAGAAAAAUCCUCUGAUUUUUCAGGAGGGAAAACAGUCAAGAAAAAGAAAAUUUUACAAGUACACCUGCAUAAUAGAAAAUCUGAGACUGCCCCUCCUCCUCUGAAGCCAUCAAAGGAGAUGACCGGGAAAGAAAGUACUUCAUGCAAAUUGCCAGAUCAGCUUGUUGCUCCCAAGCCUUCCUUACCUCCUCGUAAAUCUUCCACAAGUACUUGGAGAAAGGAAUCAUCUAAUCUCUACAUGACACUAUAUGAAGAAGUACCUGAAGUACCUGUCAAAGAAGAUUUAAAUGCAAUUCAUAAAGCCUGCAAAAUUUUUGGUAAAGUUCGAGGUGGUAAGAUUUACGUGAAUGAUCUGCCAAUGGUCCUAAACACUUUAAAGGUUUCCAUGAAUGACUCAGAAAUACGACGGGCACUAAAGGCUAUUGAUAUUGAUGCAUUCCAGAAUGCCUUGAAGAUUUUUUCCAAAAUGAAAGGUGGUCGAGUUUCCACUGAUGAAGUGGAUGCUGUUUUGGAUAGUCUGGAUAUUCAUACAAGUCCAGAAACAGUUCAUGAUGUGUUAAAAUAUACUUAUACAGACCCACCUGUGGAAGAUUCAGGCUUGAAAGAAACUGGUACAAACAAAAGGUUAUCAUAUAUAGCUCCAUAUAAGAAGAAAUCAAGUUCAUCAAGACCAUCUGAAUCUUCAUUAUUAAAAAAGUUGGAGAUGAAAAGCUUCCAGUCUUUUAGUAAUGUUUUGGAGAAAGAUGACUCUGAAUAUAAAGAACCAAAAGUUUCUUUGCAGCCAAGGAAGUUUUCAGAUGUGGUUGACAGCAGUCAUGUAGAUGUCCAGGAACCAUAUUCAAAACAUGAAACAGAUUUACGAAAACUUUCAGAGAAUGAAGAAACUUCUGACUCAAAAUCUAAAUCACAAAGCUUGAGGAGUAAUACAAGCCUCAAUAAGUUUCUGGAAAAAAGUGAUAUUACUAACAUCUCCAAACCUCAGAAACCAGCUAGGACAAGGCAUUCUACCCUUCUAAAACACAUUUCAUUUAAGGAAAAACCUGCAGUUAAUACUCUGGAAAAUGAGUUGGUGAAUUUAGAUGACUUUAUUACAACUCUCUCCAAGGAACAAAGUUUUCAUGAAUAUGAUGUACUGACUAAUGGCACUAAUGCUGUUAAAAAAUUUGAAGAUGAAAAAGUUGACAGUGAGGAUGUAAAUACUUCUCUUGAAGAGUUUGGAAUUCACCUCCCUAAGCCAGAAGUGGAAAAGCCUGUGGAAUUGACUGAAGCUGAUAAAUUGCCUCGUGUUACUGAAAAUAUUCAGAAUCUCAGCCAGGAGCUGAUGAGUAUUUCUGAUACUUUGUCAAAUGUGAAUAGUGAUUUAAAAAAAGAUAACUUUCUAGAUGAACUGAAGCUAGCAAAAGUUGAUGAUGACAAAGUACAACUUAAAGAAUUUGAGAAAAUAGUAAAGAAUAUGCAUGAUGCCUCCAGGUUAAAAAGCUUACAGGAGAUUGCCUUAGCUCUUGAUUCACUUGAAGGUGAAAUGAUAGCUGAGGAGAACUUGGAAGAUUUUCUGAAAAAUGUUGGGAUUAAGUCACCUAAAGAAGAAGCAGAGAAUAUUCUUCAAUCAGAUUUUGUUUCUGAAGGAAACAUGGUGAAUGUUAAUGACUGGUUGAAAAGUUUGAAGGAGACCCCAAAAUUUUCCAAUUUUAUUGAUUUUAGAAAUGAGGCUGUACCUUCAAAUCUGAAGUUGCCGGAGAUGAAUGCUAUAGAGCUACUCUUAGCUAUUACCCAAAUUCUCCAAGAUGACCUUGUUGAUGUCUCUGACCUCAAGACAUUAUUAGUGAAGGAUGACCUUGAUACAGCUAAUGUUGUACUUACUGAAAUAUUAAGAAAUUUACCUGAAUAUGAGGAAAAAAAUACAUUUUACAAUGUCAACAUUCGUAAAAGUGAUCCUAAAACCAUUUCUGACAUUCAGCAAAAUUUAAAUGCUAUAGGAAUCCACCUUACAGAUGAUGAAACACAGAAGGUUUUGGAUAAUACUAAUCCUAAUGAUGAAGUGGUGUCUUUUAAGGAUGUCAUCAGAGAACUGGCCAACACUGAUGACUUUGUGGAGUGUCAAAGAAUAGAAGAUGCAUGGCUUGUUGUUAAUACUGUCUCUGAUGGAAAAGCUGAAGUUAAAGAACUUUUAUCCACCUUGAAGAACCUGGAAAACCCUUUAAAUGAAGACCAGCUAGGGGUGUCACUGAACUCUGCAGCAGAUGAAAAUAAGAUCGUCUCAAAAGACAUAAUUGAUAGUUUCACUGAUUCAUCUAAACCAUCACCAUUCAACAAAAAUGAUGAAGUAAGUCUCAAGCAAAUUUUGGAGAAUUUGGACAAAAGUAAGCCAUCUUCUUCAUUUGAAGAUGUACAGGAACUUUCAAAGGCCUUGAACAAAGUCAGUACUGGAAAAGUGGAUGUAGCUGAUGUGCAACCUGUAGGGAAGGGCCUGAAGACUCAUGCUUCUGAGGGAGAAGUACAGAAGAUAGUUUCUUCCAUUUCUGUUGAUAAUGUACAGGAACUUUCAAAGGCCUUGAAAAAAUUCAGUACUGGAAAAGUGGAUGUAGCUGAUGUGCAACCUGUAGGGAAGGGCCUGAAGACUCAUGCUUCUGAGGGAGAAGUACAGAAGAUAGUUUCUUCCAUUUCUGCUGAUAAUGUACAGGAACUUUCAAAGGCCUUGAACAAAGUCAGUACUGGAAAAGUGGAUGUAGCUGAUGUGCAACCUGUAGGGAAGGGCCUGAAGACUCAUGCUUCUGAGGGAGAAGUACAGAAGAUAGUUUCUUCCAUUUCUGUUGAUAACGUACAGGAACUUUUAAAAGCCUUGAAGAAAGUCAGUACUGGAAAAGUGGACGUAGCUGAUGUGCAACUUGUAGGGAAGGGCCUGAAGACUCAUGCUUCUGAGGGAGAAGUACAGAAGAUAGUUUCUUCCAUUUCUCUUGAUAAUGUACAAGAACUUUCAAAGGCCUUGAACAAAGUCAGUACUGGAAAAGUGGAUGUAGCUGAUGUUCAACCUGUAGGGAAGGGUCUGAAGACUCAUGCUUCUGAGGGAGAAGUACAGAAGAUAGUUUCUUCCAUUUCUGUUGAUAAUGUACAGGAACUUUCAAAGGCCUUGAACAAAGUCAGUACUGGAAAAGUGGAUGUAGCUGAUGUGCCACCUGUACGGAAGAGCCUGAAGACUCAUGCUUCUGAGGGAGAAAUACAGAAGAGAGUUUCUUCCAUUUCUGUUGAUAAAGUACAGGAACUUUCAAAGGCCUUGAAUAAAGUCAGUACUGGAAAAGUGGAUGUAGGUGAUGUGCAACCUGUACAGAAAGGCCUGAAGGCUCAUGCUUCUGAGGGAGAAGUACAGAAGAUAGUUUCUUCCAUUUCUCUUGAUAAUGUACAGGAACUUUCAAAGGCCUUGGACAAAGUAAGUACUGGAAAAGUGGAGGUAGUUGAUGUACAACCUGUACGGAAGAGCCUGAAGACUCAUGCUUCUGAGGGAGAAGUACAGAAGAUAGUUUCUUCCAUUUCUCUUGAUAAUGUACAGGAACUUUCAAAGGCCUUGAACAAAGUCAGUACUGGAAAAGUGGAUGUAGCUGAUGUUCAACCUGUACGGAAAGGUCUGAAGACUCAUGCUUCUGAGGGAGAAGUACAGAAGAUAGUUUCUUCCAUUUCUGUUGAUAAUGUACAGGAACUUUCAAAGGCCUUGAAAAAAUUCAGUACUGGAAAAGUGGAUGUAGCUGAUGUUCAACCUGUACCGAAGAGCCUGAAGACUCAUGCUUCUGAGGGAGAAGUACAGAAGAUAGUUUCUUCCAUUUCUCUUGAUAAUGUACAGGAACUUUCAAAGGCCUUGAACAAAGUCAGUACUGGAAGAGUGGAUGUAGCUGAUGUUCAACCUGUACGGAAAGAUGUACAGGAACUUUCAAAGGCCUUGAACAAAGUCAGUACUGGAAAAGUGGAUGUAGGUGAUGUUCAACCUGUACGGAAGGGCCUGAAGACUCAUGCUUCUGAGGGAGAAGUACAGAAGAUAGUUUCUUCCAUUUCUCUUGAUAAUGUACAGGAACUUUCAAAGUCCUUGAACAAAGUCAGUACUGGAAAAGUGGAUGUAGCUGAUGUUCAACCUGUACACAAAGGUCUAAAGACUUAUGCUUCUGAGGGAGAAGUACAGAAGAUAGUUUCUUCUAUUUCUGUUGAUAAUGUACAGGAACUUUCAAAGUCCUUGAACAAAAUCAGUACUGGAAAAGUGGAUGUAGCUGAUGUGCAACCUGUACGGAAGAGCCUGAAGACUCAUGCUUCUGAGGGAGAAGUACAGAAGAUAGUUUCUUCCAUUUCUGUUGAUAAUGUACAGGAACUUUCAAAGGCCUUGAACAAAGUCAGUACUGGAAAAGUGGAUGUAGCUGAUGUGCAACCUGUACUGAAGGGCCUGAACACUCAUGCUUCUGAGGGAGAAGUACAGAAGAUAGUUUCUUCCAUUUCUCUUGAUAAUGUACAGGAACUUUCAAAGACCUUGAACAAAGUCAGUACUGGAAAAGUGGAUGUAACUGAUGUGCAACCUGUACGGAAGAGCCUGAAGACUCAUGCUUCUGAGGGAGAAGUACAGAAGAUAGUUUCUUCCAUUUCUGUUGAUAACGUACAGGAACUUUCAAAGGCCUUGAACAAAGUAAGUAUUGGAAAAGUGGAUGUAGCUGAUGUGCAACCUGUACAGAAGGGCCUGAAGACUCAUGCUUCUGAGGGAGAAGUACAGAAGAUAGUUUCUUCCAUUUCUGUUGAUAAUGUACAGGAACUUUCAAAGGCCUUGAACAAAGUCAGUACUGGAAGAGUGGAUGUAGCUGAUGUUCAACCUGUACGGAAGGGUCUGAAGGCUCAUGCUUCUGAGGGAGAAGUACAGAAGAUAGUUUCUUCCAUUUCUGUUGAUAGAGAGAAGAUUGAUGUGAAUAAUGUGGAUACUGUUCUGCAAAACAUAGGUAUACCUCUUAUAGAAGGAGAACCACAGAAUCUACAAGAACAUCUCUCAUCUACUGAUGAGAAGGUUGGUUUUGAUGACAUUAGUAUCAUACUGGAGAAAAAAGGAUCACAUUUCUCUGACAAAGAAUCUGAAAAGCUGUCACUCCAUGAGUCAGAAGAUACAAUAGCUAUCAGAGACUUGGACAGCUCACUAGGCUAUAUGGGUACUGAACUCAUCAAAGAAGAACUCGAUGAACUGAAAAGAAACCUCCCUGAUGAAGAGACAUACAAGCUGCCUAACCUGAGCCAAGAAGAUAUAAACCACUUAAAUAGACCCCUAAGAAGCAAUGAAAUGGAGGAAGCAAAGAAUCUUCCAACAAGGAAAAGCCCAGGUCCCAAUGGAUUCACAGCUGGAUUCUACAAGACAUUUAAAGAUGAACUAACACAAGUACUGUUCAAACUUUUCCAUGAAGUAAAAAUGGAAGGAUCACUACCAAACAUACUUUAUAAAGCAAGUGUUACAGCCAGCCCUAAGCAAGCUAAAGCAGAGACAGAUCUGAAACCAUUGACAGAUAGAAGCGAAGUUACUUCAGGGUCACAGGUUGAUGUCCAUGACGUUGACAGUUUUCUUGGAAACAUGACACUAAAACCCACACCAUCAGAACCCAGUGAUCUAAGUUCAGAUUUAGUAGUUGAUGAAAGAGGAGAGAGUGAUACCAGUGACAUGAAAAAAAUACCAGAAAUCAUGGAAAUAGAACUUGAAAAUAAAGAUCACUGGGAGAUGGUGAAUGAUCAGCCAAUGAAUGAACGAAAAAUUGAUGUGAAUAAUUUGGAUAGCAUUUUAGGAAGAAUGGAGAUUAAUCAUAUAGAAGAAGAAAUAGAAAAGCAGACAGAAAACCUUCAAACUGAAGAAAAGACUGAUCUUAGAAAAUUAACAGAUGCAGUGAAAGUUGAAUCAGGAGAAGAGGCUGAUGUUAGUAAUGUGGAAAGUGUCCUAGAAAAUAUCAGCCCAGAGCUCACAGCUAGAGGAAGCCAGGUCCUGAUGGAAAAUGUGCUAGUUGACUAUAAAACUUAUGAAAUGAGAUUAGAAGAUGAUGUGAGAUCCUUACAAGAUAGUGAAAAAACGUACGAAAUGAGAUUGGAAGAGGGCAUAAGAUCAUUACAAGGGAGAAAGGUUAGUGCCAAUGAUAUCAUAAAAGUUCUGGGAAACAUGGGGAUCGAACUCACUGAAAAAGAAUUUACAAAGCUACUACAAGUACUGCCUACGGAUGAUGCUGGAAAAGUAUAUGAAAAUAAAUUGUUGGAUGGUGUGAAGUCUAUAAAAGGUAAAGAAGAAAUAUGGCUGGCAGAAGAAGACUUGGAAAAAUCAACCAUGUAG